GUCUUCGUCGCGCUGCGUACACGACUGGCUGCGGGGACACGGAGGGGUUUGCGGGGAGCUCGAAGCGUUUAAAACAUCUUUUCGGCUUCAACCUCUCGAUCGCGUGACUUGAAUCUUGUGCGGCCGGCGCGGGAGCUGGCCUCUGCGGUGUCUUUGUUUCCCGCUCCUGACGUCACUGCGGCCGCAGCGCCCGCCAUGGAUUUUUAAGGCAGAAUGCGAGACCUCUGAUGCCAUGGCGAUGCAUAGUGCAAGGCAAACCCGCCCGCGAGCUUCCACCCGUGCAACUGCCAAGCAGUUGGGCUCCGGUACCGUCCGCGGUAUCCCAGCGAGCCAGCCGGUACCGCUGCUCCUGUACCGGAGGAGGCCUCAGCUAGCUGCCGCUGCCUCGUAGCGUCCACCGAACACCCGCAGCAUCAUCCAGUCCAACCACCGUCCGCUCAUCACAAUGAAGCCGCAGGACCUGUUCGGCGGGAAGGCCAGCCUCUGGAUCUUCGGUUACGGCUCGCUGGUGUGGAAGCCCGACUUCAAGUACAAGAAGAGCCGGGUGGGCUUCAUCCGGGGCUACAAGAGACGCUUCUGGCACGGAGACGACUUCCACCGGGGCAGCGAGGCGGCGCCCGGGAGAGUGGUGACGCUGAUCGAGGACGACCAUGCGGUCACCUGGGGCGUGGCGUUCGAGGUGUCGGGUCCGCAGGUGGAGGAGGCCCUCGGGUACCUGAACAUCCGCGAGACCGUAUGCGGCGGUUACGUCACCAAGAUGGUGGACUUUUUUCCCGGGGCAGAAGGCCCCGCCCCCGUCCAGGCUCUGGUGUACAUCGCCACCCCCGACAACCCCCUGUUCCUCGGCCCAGCCAGUCCGGAGGAAAUCGGGGCUCAGAUCGCGUCAUCGAGCGGGAAGACGGGCCACAACCUGGAGUAUCUGCUGCGCCUGGCGGAGUUCAUGAGGAGCAGCUGCCCGCAGGUGGAGGACCAGCACCUGUUCUCCGUGGAGGCGGCGGCUCUAACCCUGUACUUCACCUGCUCGUACUCGGUCCAGUCUGUGCGUUAGCUCUCACAGGUUGUCUGCAUGUGUCCAUCACUGUUUCUGAAUCCGCCCAUUUCCUCACUCCAGCUGGAGAUCAGCUGUGAGCUGACUCCACAUGUCUGAAACAAUAAAACUACUUCAACUUGA